AUGCUUCCCCAGGAGCCUCGACUACACAAGGGUUGGCGGCUCCAUUCCAUCAGGCCUGGGCUGGCUGCGCGACCUUCAGACCCUGUGAGUGCUGCUCUCCUCGCUGCUGUGAGUGCUGCUCUCCUCGCUGCUGUGAGUGCUGCUCUCCUCGCUGCUGUGAGUGCUGCUCUCCUCGCUGCUGUGAGUGCUGCUCUCCUCGCAGCUGUGAGUGCUGCUCUCCUCGCUGCUGUGAGUGCUGCUCUCCUCGCUGCUGUGAGUGCCGCUCUCCUCGCUGCUGUGAGUGCUGCUCUCCUCGCAGCUGUGAGUGCUGCUCUCCUCGCUGCUGUGAGUGCUGCUCUCCUCGAUGCCGUGAGUGCUGCUCUCCUCACAGCUGUGAUUGCUGCUCUCCUCGCUGCUGUGAGUGCUGCUCUCCUCGCUGCUGUGAGUGCUGCUCUCCUCGCAGCUGUGAGUGCUGCUCUCCUCGCAGCUGUGAGUGCUGCUCUCCUCGCAGCUGUGAGUGCUGCUCUCCUCGCUGCUGUGAGUGCUGCUCUCCUCGCAGCUGUGAGUGCUGCUCUCCUCGCAGCUGUGAGUGCUGCUCUCCUCGCUGCUGUGAGUGCUGCUCUCCUCGCUGCUGUGAGUGCUGCUCUCCUCGCUGCUGUGAGUGCUGCUCUCCUCGCUGCUGUGAGUGCUGCUCUCCUCGCAGCUGUGAGUGCUGCUCUCCUCGCUGCUGUGAGUGCUGCUCUGCUCGCUGCUGUGAGUGCUGCUCUCCUCGCUGCUGUGAGUGCUGCUCUCCUCGCUACUGUGAGUGCUGCUCUCCUCGCAGCUGUGAGUGCUGCUCUCCUCGCAGCCGUGAGUGCUGCUCUCCUCGCUGCUGUGAGUGCUGCUCUCCUCGCUGCUGUGAGUACUGCUCUCCUCGCAGCUGUGAGUGCUGCUCUCCUCGCUGCUGUGAGUGCUGCUCUCCUCGCUGCUGUGAGUGCUGCUCUCCUCGCUGCUGUGAGUGCUGCUCUCCUCGCAGCUGUGAGUGCUGCUCUCCUCGCAGCUGUGAGUGCUGCUCUCCUCGCUGCUGUGAGUGCUGCUCUCCUCGCUGCUGUGAGUGCUGCUCUCCUCGCUGCUGUGAGUGCUGCUCUCCUCGCUGCUGUGAGUGCUGCUCUCCUCGCUGCUGUGAGUGCUGCUCUCCUCGCAGCUGUGAGUGCUGCUCUCCUCGCUGCUGUGAGUGCUGCUCUCCUCGCUGCUGUGAGUGCUGCUCUCCUCGCUGCUGUGAGUGCUGCUCUCCUCGCUGCUGUGAGUGCUGCUCUCCUCGCUGCUGUGAGUGCUGCUCUCCUCGCUGCUGUGAGUGCUGCUCUCCUCGCUGCUGUGAGUGCUGCUCUCCUCGCAGCUGUGAGUGCUGCUCUCCUCGUUCCUGUGAGUGCUGCUCUCCUCGCUGCUGUGAGUGCUGCUCUCCUCGCUUCUGUGAGUGCUGCUCUCCUCGCUUCUGUGAGUGCUGCUCUCCUCGCUGCUGUGAGUGCUGCUCUCCUCGCAGCUGUGAGUGCUGCUCUCCUCGCUGCUGUGAGUGCUGCUCUCCUCGCUGCUGUGAGUGCUGCUCUCCUCGCUGCUGUGAGUGCUGCUCUCCUCGCUGCUGUGAGUGCUGCUCUCCUCGCUGCUGUGAGUGCUGCUCUGCUCGCUGCUCUGAGUGCUGCUCUCCUCGCUGCUGUGAGUGCUGCUCUGCUCGCUGCCGUGAGUGCUGCUCUCCUCGCUGCUGUGAGUGCUGCUCUCCUCGCUGCUGUGAGUGCUGCUCUCCUCGCUGCUGUGAGUGCUGCUCUCCUCGCUGCUGUGAGUGCUGCUCUGCUCGCUGCUGUGAGCGCUGCUCUCCUCGCUGCUGUGAGUGCUGCUCUCCUCGCUGCUGUGAGCGCUGCUCUCCUCGCUGCUGUGAGUGCUGCUCUCCUCGCUGCUGUGAGUGCUGCUCUCCUCGCUGCUGUGAGUGCUGCUCUCCUCGCUGCUGUGAGUGCUGCUCUCCUCGCUGCUGAUGCUGCUCUCCUCGCUGCUGUGAGUGCUGCUCUCCUCGCUGCUGUGAGUGCUGCUCUCCUCGCUGCCGUGAGUGCUGCUCUCCUCGCUGCCGUGAGUGCUGCUCUCCUCGCUGCCGUGAGUGCUGCUCUCCUCGCUGCUGUGAGUGCUGCUCUCCUCGCUGCUGUGAGUGCUGCUCUCCUCGCUGCUGUGAGUGCUGCUCUCCUCGCUGCUGUGAGUGCUGCUCUCCUCGUUCCUGUGAAUGCUACUCUCCUCGCUGCUGUGAGUGCUGCUCUCCUCGCUGCUGUGAGUGCUGCUCUCCUCGCUUCUGUGAGUGCUGCUCUCCUCGCUUCUGUGAGUGCUGCUCUCCUCGCAGCUGUGAGUGCUGCUCUCCUCGCAGCUGUGAGUGCUGCUCUCCUCGCUGCUGUGAUGCUGCUCUCCUCGCUGCUGAGUGCUGCUCUCCUCGCUGCUGUGAGUGCUGCUCUCCUCGCUGCUAUGAGUGCUGCUCUGCUCGCUGCUGUGAGUGCUGCUCUCCUCGCUGCUGUGAGUGCUGCUCUCCUCGCUGCUGUGAGUGCUGCUCUCCUCGCUGCCGUGAGUGCUGCUCUCCUCGCUGCCGUGAGUGCUGCUCUCCUCGCUGCCGUGAGUGCUGCUCUCCUCGCUGCUGUGAGUGCUGCUCUCCUCGCUGCUGUGAGUGCUGCUCUCCUCGCUGCUGUGAGCGCUGCUCUCCUCGCUGCUGUGAGUGCUGCUCUCCUCGCUGCUGUGAGUGCUGCUCUCCUCGCUGCUGUGAGUGCUGCUCUCCUCGCUGCUGUGAGUGCUGCUCUCCUCGCUGCUGAGUGCUGCUCUCCUCGCUGCUCCCCGUCAUCCUUUACGCCACCAUCCAACGCAGCACCAUCCGCCAGUGCCAACCACAGUGGUCUCUUCGGUGGCAAUGCCACGGCCAACAGCACUUCGUCCAGCUCGGGGCUGUCGGGUGAAGCCAUCGCGGGCAUUGUUAUCGGCGUGGUGCUGGUCCUAUCAUGUGGUGGUGGCAGUGCGCGUGCAUAUCGACGACUAAUCAUCAUCGAUGAUUACGGUAGUGUCUAG